AUGGCCGAGCCCGGGGCGGCGGCGGGGGACGCGGCGGAGGCGCCGCCGCCGCGGGUGGGCGCGUGGGUGCCGGUGCUGGUGGAGCAGAUGGUGAACGACACGCUGGUGGUGACGCUGAGCUGCGGGGAGCGGCGCUUCACCGGCGUGCUGCUGGACUGCUCCAAGAGGUCUGGAUUGUUCUGUCUGCCAUCGUCCUUCCCGAAGCACGAGGAGCCUCCCGCCGGUGGUGCCUGCGCUACCGGAGCCGCCGAGGGCAGGGGAGCCGCUGAAGGCAGGGGUGCCGCCGAGGGCAGGGGAGCCGCCGACGGCAGGGGUGCCACCGAGGGCGAUCCAGAGCCGCGGCCCGCCGGCCCCCUGCCCGCCGAGGAGCCGCUGCCGCCGCUGCUGCCCGCCCCGGGCGGCCUGCCGCCCUUCCCGCCCUACUUCGAGGGAGCGCCGUUCCCCCGGCCCCUGUGGCUGCGGCACACCUACAACCAGUGGGUCCCGCAGCCGCCGCCGCGGACCGUAAAGAGGACGAGGAGGCGCUUGUCGCGCAACAGGGACCCGGGCAGGCUCAUCGUGAGCACCAUCCGGCUGCGGCCCCGGCAGGUGCUCUGCGAGAAGUGCAAGAACACGCUGAGCCCCGAGGACGCCGGCGCGCCGCGGCAGAACGCCAAGACCAGGAGGAAGCUGAGCGUCCAGGACAAGGAGCAGAAGAAGCACGGCGACUCCGACUACGUGGAGAAAAGAAACAAAAGAGAGAAGAGGGAGGAUGACAAGUUUUCUGGGGAACUGGUGCAUCGAACGCCAGUUAUAAAAAUAUCCUACAGUACUCCGCAAGGGAAAGGUGAAGUGGUAAAAAUCCCUUCCCGGGUUCAUGGCUCAGUCAAACCGUUCUGUCCGGAGCCGGUGCUGCAGAACGGAGCCGGGGACCAAGAGGAGAGCGGGGACUCUGAACGGUGUCGACAAACCAAAUGUUUAAUGGACAAGUCAGCAGGCAGCCCGCUUGCUUCCAUUCCAAAACUGAAGCUCACGCGGCCAGUGCAUUCCAGCGUGGAUGUCCCGCCCCCAAAGAUACGGCUGAAGCCCCAUCGCAUCAACGAUGGCGAGAGUGUUUCAAUCUAUAAGGCAGAACUGAUUGACGAAAUCAAUGUCCUCCAGAACAGCAGGGAGUCCGAUCCCGGAGCGUUUUACAACGAUGAGUCCGCCGACAGAAGUUUAGCCGAGAUGUCUUCAGGCAGUUCAGGGGAAGAUGAUGACUUCAAAAGGUUUCCCCAGGGUAAAGAUGGACAUGAUAACUUGGCUUUCCUCAUGAAUUACCGUAAAAGAAAAGCAGAUUCUUCUAGUUUAUCGGUGUGUAGCAAUGACAGUCUAGAUGAAUCCAAGUCUUCUAGUUCAGAAGUGACAUCACCAGAACUGUGUGACUUUUUGCCUGGUGAUGAUGCCUCUGUCUCUUCAUCUUCAAAAGAUGAGCGUAAAAUUGUGCCCCCGCUGACAGUCAGACUGCACACCCAGAGUGUGUCUAAAUGUGUUACAGAAGAUGGAAGGACUGUUUCAGUGGGGGAUAUUGUCUGGGGUAAAAUUCACGGGUUUCCGUGGUGGCCAGCACGUGUCCUUGACAUAAACCUUAGCCAGAAGGAAAACGGGGAACCUUCGUGGCGAGAAGCUAAAGUGUCAUGGUUUGGUUCUCCGACCACCUCGUUCUUGUCUGUCUCAAAACUCUCCCCUUUCUCGGAAUUUUUCAAACUGAGGUUUAAUCGCAAGAAGAAGGGCAUGUACCGGAAAGCCAUCACGGAGGCUGCAAAGGCAGUCAAGCACCUGACUCCAGAAAUACGAGAUCUCUUAACGCAGUUUGAGACAUAACUUUGCCUCCAGUAUCAGGUAACAGAAGACGAGCACAGCUGUUCUCCUAGCGGGUCACCGAGUC